AUGACUAUUGCUGCAUAUUCGUAUGAAGCUGACAGAGCUAAACGUUUAUAUUUUGGUCAAUACUCUCUCACACUUACUGACAAAUAUAUUGUUAUUUCUGAUGGAAAUACCGAGAAAUACAUAACAUGGAAGGACUAUGAAAAGUUUGACCCCAUUUUAACUCCAUGCACUAUGCCAUUCAUUGUAAAUGGUGAAGUUGUCAUGAAGAACGACACAACAGUAUAUAAGUCUGUUCAUGAAGCGUUAGAAUAUAUGUUGAAUUAUAAUCCCGAAAGAUUUGACCCAAGCACUACGUCAUGUACAAUGCCUUUUAUUAAGGAUGGUGAAAUUGUAAGAGUUCCGAAUUCAACGGUUUACACAGCUGUUCAAAACAGUUUACAAAACAUUUUAGCGAAUAUCUUUAAUUCAGAAACUACAGAAAUAAAAUUACCAUAUAUAACAGAUGCUAAAGAAAUUAAAUCAAAAACGACAACAUUAUUUACGUCACUUAAUGAUUUAAUGACUUAUAUCAUUAAUAUUCCUGCACCAACUACAGCAUUUGAUCCAAACUCGACAGUUUGCAGUGUACCUUUCAUAAAGGACAGUUCAGUAAUUGUUUUAAGGGAUUCAACAGUUAAUGAAUCAUUAAAGGCGUCAUUAAUGAAAAUCAUUGAUUUUAACUCAUUCACGAAUACAUAUAAUUCAUUCAUUAAUGUUUCAUAUGCUUCUAAAGAAGGUGAGCCAAAAACUAUUGAUAAAGCGGUGUAUGAAAUAAAAGCAUCAACGACGAAAUUGAAUUCGUUAACUUUUGACGGUGAUAGUUUCGUUAAUGACAUAACAUCGGGGAAAACAAUUUUAACGAAAGAAUACUUAAAAUCUCAUGUUAGUGAGUUCGUUGAAAUUGAAAAAGAAGGCGGAAUUAAGUUCGAUCCACUGAGUUUCAUUUUCAGCUUAGCGAAUGCGGGUGUUAGUUUCGCUGAAUGGACAACUAUACAGA